AUGUUCUCCGCUUCAAAGGUUUUAUCGGCCCCUGGCCGAGGUGCUACUCAGGCUUCAGUCAGCAGCAAUGACUACCGUGUUGUGUUACCCCGUCUUCCUACCGGUAAGCUGGUUGUGGACUCCGUUUUCCUGCAUGCUGACUUAAGUGGUCGACCGUACCGAGCCCAAGACUUCAGAGACGCCCUUCGGACCGUUAUUGACCUGAAGGAAAUAAGUUCCAUCGGACAAUUUCAGAUGUCGCACGUGUGGAUGGUGACGUGCAAAUCAGGGAUGACAAAAUCAAAGCUAGUCGCAUGCGGGGAAUUAUCCGUAAAAGGUAGACGCUGUGUCGUCAUUGAUCCUGAGCCCACGGAAGUUAAAAUGAAGCUUUUGUGGCUUCCUGAGCGUUUGGAAGACGACUACAUUCGAGAUGCGCUCCAGGCUUACGGGAAAGUCAAGUCUAUUUCAGCAGAAAGCUGGAGAGUAUCGGAGAUGGAACAAAUGCGUACGCUAAAUCGGGACGUGGUGUUGACUCUUGCCGAUGGAGUGAGCGUGGGGGACGUUCCACAUCUACUACCUGUUUGUGGAGUGCAGAGUCUCGUAUUAAUUCCAGGCCGGCCCCCAAUUUGUCUGCGCUGUAACAAGGUGGGGCACAUUCGUCGAAACUGCAGAACCCCACGUUGUGAAACCUGCCGGCGCUUUGGUCACACAGCUGAAGAAUGUGUCGUAACUUACGCCGAUAAGUUACGACACAGAACAAAGCCUCCGGAUGAAAGCUUGCAAGAACACAUAAUGGACAUUACGGAGGUUCUUGACGCGACGGGAGACGUUCCCUCUUCCGCGGAGACCCGCUGUGCCACUAAGGCCCCUCUGCCUGUUGAAGACAGUCACAAUGCCAUCGCCCGUGAAUGCCAACUGCCCACUGCCAACUGCCAACAAUGCCAACUGCCCGUGAAUAAAGAAAGUAGCGAAGAGAAAGAUGACCAACCGAAGCAACAACCCAAAGGAGCACCCGCUACCACGGAGCCAGCUGCUGCCCAGCAAGCGAAUGAGGGAGCCGGAAAUGACUCAUCUGAUGCACCCAAGCAACUCGACACGUGCACUGAGCCGGCAGAGGACAGCCGAAGUAACGCGGAUACUUCAGUUCCGAAGCGCCGUGCGACCAACAGAUCGGAAUCAAGCACAGACAGCGAGACGACCAGUACCACAAGAAAAGCACGUCGCCGCAAAACAUCGAAACACUCAGGAAAGUGCCGACGAUCACGGUCCAGAAGGCCUGGUGGGGUUUCGGAGGGAGCCUCACCGUUGCCCUCUAGGACCGAUCACAUAGAUCAUUAGGUCCAAAUACUUGGUAGUCACCAUGGCCCUGUCCCAGCAACUUCAAUUCGCAACCUUGAACGUACGAGGCCUUAGGUCUUUGCAGAAACAGGCGCAGCUUCGCCGGCUUUUGUCUAGGAAGCGCCUCGACUUCGUCGCCGUGCAGGAGACGAAGAUUGAGAGUGACGACGAGACAGAAAGGGCUUUGCGACCUUUUCUGUCUGAGUAUAAUGUUUGCGUUUCACACGCUCUUGGUUUAUCCGCGGGCUGUUUCCUGUUUCUGAAAAAGAGCCUACUUUAUUCAGCUUUUAGUUAUCAUGUCGACACUGAAGGUCGAUAUAUAUGUUGUGAUUUUGUGUUGCAGGGUGUGCCAUGGCGCAUAGUCAACGUCUAUGCAUUUAAUGACGCUGCAAAACGAGCUCUUUUAUUUGAUACUGUGUCUAGUCUAUUGGACUGUGAUCGCUGCAUUGUUUUAAUGGGAGAUUUCAAUUGUGUAUGCGAUCCGAACGAUCGAAGCGGCCAUAACACUCAGCGGGACAGGAGUGGUGAAGUUUUGUCUAACAUAAUAGAAAAUGCAGGGCUCGUUGAUAUAGGAGUGUCGGGACAGGGAGCUCGCUCUUAUACAAGAAUUCAAGGUCAUUCCUACGCCCGCCUUGAUCGGAUUUAUGUUUCUUCAUCACUCCUCUCUCGAGGACUAUCCUGCAUUACUAUCCCCGUUUCAUUCUCUGAUCAUUGUAUGGUUAUUGCAAACAUUGGUGAAAAAUUUGUAACUAAUUUCCGACCACAGUGGGCACUCUGGAAGCUUAACUCUGAGCUCCUAAAUGAUCAGGAAUUUAUUAAUCGCGUGCGCAUGGCUCUAACCAAUUCUCUGUCUAGUGACUUGCCAUUAUUUGCUGCUUGGGAACUCUUUAAACAAGAGGUUCGCACAGUGGCUAUAGAAAUUGGAUCGGUGAAAUCAUUCUAUAGAAAGUAUGAAGAAAAAACGCUUCUUAAGAGCCUAUGUAGCCUUUAUGAGAUUGAAUGCGAAAUGCCAGGCACUUACAUUGUUGACAUAGAAAACAUUAAAUGUGAGUUACAAAAGUAUGACGCACUGCGUUACAGAGGUGCGCGAAUUCGAUCUCGAAACAUGCGCGCUCUGCAAUCUGAGCAACCAACACGUCAAGCUUUACUUGACGAGCGACGUCACGGUAUUUCCAAAGUAAUUCCGGAAAUAUACUCCGAGGGUAGUCUUUUAACAAAUACUAAUGACAUCAUUUCUCAGUUCGAAAUUUUCUACACUAUGUUGUUUAGUGCCCCUCCGAAUGAUCACGAUGCAAAAGUUUUAGAGAGUUUUGUAUCUCUUGUAAAACCAUUACAGGAUGAUGACUGUGCAGUCAUCAGUGGUAGCCUUACGAUUCAAGAAAUUGAGCUAGCUAUUGAUCAGCUGCCUCUGUCGAAAACACCCGGCCCCGAUGGACUUUCAAGUGAAUUUUACAAAGCUUUCAAAUCAAUUAUCAGCCCCAUAUUAUUGGAUAUUUUUAUUACAGGUUUAGAAGUUGGCGCCCUUCCGCAGUCUUUUUGCAAAACCCACACAGUUUUAAUUCCCAAAAGUUCAGAUAAAGAGAAACUGCGUUCUGUUGAAGGCUAUCGACCAAUCACAUUGUCAAACGUGGAUUAAAAAAUUUUUGCGAAAGUUCUAUCUAAUAAAUUGCAAUUUGCGAUGUCAAUUCUAAUUGGUUCCCAUCAGACGUGUGGAAUCAGGGGCCGAUCAAUUCAAACCAACAUACAUAUCGCCCGUACCCUUCUUCAAUACUGUUAUGGUUCCACUGAGCAGCUUGCAAUGCUCCAGGUAGACCUUGCUAAAGCUUUUGAUCGUGUGAGCCACUCCUAUUUAUUUUCUCUUUUGGAGCAUGUCAAUGUUGGCUCCAUUGUGCUUAAAGGCGUUAGGCUUUGCUACACCUGUUGUACUACUCGUUUAAUUAUUAAUGGCCAACUCUCCGAACCCAUUUCUAUUUGCUCAUCAGUAAAACAAGGAUGCCCGAUGUCCCCACUACUAUUCGCCCUUUACCUGGAACCGCUAUGCUUAAGCGUAAUUCAGUCGAGUAACAUCCAUGGCUUCAAUAUACUGGGUAAUGAAGUUAAAGUCUUAGCUUACGCAGACGAUCUAGCGUUCUUCUGCACGGAUAAGUCCAGUGUUGAAAAAGUAGUAUCGAAAAUAGAAGAAUUUGGCAGUGUAUCAGGAGCGCGAAUGAACUCCUCAAAAAGUUUAGGCUUAUGGUUUGGCUCAUGGUGCUAUACACCAGAACAGUUUGCAGGCGUUAAGUGGACUGAUGUCCCGCCAAAGUAUCUUGGCGUGCCGCUAGACGCAUAUAAAUUAAGCGCACACUAUUGGAAAGAACGGGUUUCGGUACUGCAAAGUUACGCCCAGACAUUCGUUCCACAACGACUUUCUAUUUUUGGGAAAGCCGAAGCCUGCAAUAAGUUCUUGGCAACAAAAAUUUUCUAUGUAUUGCAAGUUAUCCAUUGUGCUAGGCUAUACAUCCAACGCUUUCACCGUAUCUUUGCGACCUUCGUAUGGUCUUCAACUUUUGAGCCCAUGAGGCGAGACAACAUUUUUAGGCCUGUUAGCGAAGGUGGGCUGGGCUUAGUACACCUUUAUGUGCGGCAGAUAGUGUCUCGUUUCUUCUUUUUUCGCGAUACUUCCCAUCCUGUAAUUCGUUCAUACAUGCAAGUCACACUUGUUAAUGCGUUACCUGAUUUAGUUGUUUCUUCAAGUUUUUCUUCGCGCUUAAGCUUGUGGGGGUUCAUGCAAGAAGUUUACUUGGCGGUUCGUUUCCUGACAGUUCGGUUUUCCACUGAAUACUUGUAUUCUGUGUCGCGCAAAACGUUGUACAAAGACUUACUAUCCAUGCUAUUCCCGCCUCCACUUUACCGAUCAAUAUACAUUAAAUUGCCAGGCCACGAUGUGCUAAAGCGAGUUCGCAAAAUGUAUUUAUCCCCUUGCUGCAAUACAUUCUUUUAUAAAGUUCAUAGUGAAACCAUACCGGUUAAAGCAUGGCUACAAAAAAAGGGUAUCUUUGUCUCUUCUGUUAACUGUCGCCUUUGUGAUGUACCAGAGACAAUUGAACAUUGUUUUAUUAGCUGCACCGACGCCAUCCUUUUUUAGGAUGUCCUCCAACGGACUUUAAAGAAAGACUUUGAGAUUAACGCUCAUACUGUGCGAUACCUGCUGCCAACCUCUGAUAAUAGUGCACCUUUCGAUAUGUUUUUUGUCAUGGGAAUGCACAGUUUGUGGAAAACGCGAAUGAUGGACCGCAACGCCGAAACGGUUGUACCUACAAGGGCAAAUUUCAUCCAAAUGACGCUACACCUAAAGCAGGUUUAUGAUGGACUCGGUGUGCAACCGGACUGGUACCCUAUUUUGGUGAGGUGCUUAUCCUUGCCACCCUUCUAAAGUCACACGAACGUUUCUACUCACAGUAUGAACGCUGCCUCUUCUGUGUGACUUUCAUUGUGCCCUCCAUUCUCUGACUAUGCAGAACUGGUGAACGUCUAGUUGAAUGCAACUAUAAUAAAUACCAUGAAAGAAAGAAAAAAAAAUCAGGGGUGGUGCAGUGGUAAGAUGCCGGGCUCGGAACCGUGAGGUCGCAUGUUCGAAUCCCAGGCGAAGACGUUUUUUUUAUUUUUUUUUACUUUUAUGUUUUUCUUUUUUGUGCUAACAAAUUUACAUAACUUUACGGACGUCUCUGUCAAUUUUUAAUUAAAUAUUGAUCGAGAACUACAGAACUUUCUACUACAGGACUACACACUACA